GUCGAAACCAUCCCUUAAUCUACUGGGACGGAGUAGUAUUAGCUGAGAUCCGGAGUUUCUCGCUAGCCUUUGGGGAAAGGAAAGCAAAGCUUUUUUUCUUUUUGAGAUCCAUUGAUAUCUACAGAUUUUGGAUACUUUUUCAGAAACUUGAAGAUCCCUUUGUGGGCUUUUUAAAAUAUUAUUUUAUUAUAAUCUUUGAAUGCCUAGCCUGCUUAAGGAGACACUCGUUCUUUAGGAAGUGUGAAAUCUUCAUUUACUGCAAAGGGGGGUUCUUGGAGUUUCGGAUUUUUUCUCCCACCCUGUUUCUGAUUCUUGAGCUAACUAAGCCCAAUCAUGGUGAUGUUCAAGAAGAUCAAGUCUUUUGAGGUGGUCUUUAAUGACCCCGAAAGGGUGUACGGAAGUGGCGAUAAGGUGGCCGGCCGGGUGAUAGUGGAGGUGUGUGAAGUUACUCGAGUCAAAGCCGUCAGGGUCCUGGCUUGCGGAGUGGCCAAAGUGCUCUGGCUGCAGGGCUCCCAGCAGUGCAAGCAGACCUUGGAGUACCUGCGCUACGAAGACACGCUUCUCCUGGAAGACCAGCCAACAGGUGAGAAUGAGAUGGUGAUCAUGAGACCUGGAAACAAAUACGAGUACAAGUUCGGCUUUGAGCUUCCUCAGGGGCCUUUGGGAACGUCUUUCAAGGGCAAAUAUGGAUGUGUAGACUACUGGGUGAAGGCUUUUCUUGAUCGGCCCAGCCAACCAACGCAAGAGACAAAGAAAUACUUUGAAGUGAUGGAUCUAGUGGAUGUCAAUACACCUGAUUUAAUGGCACCAGUGUCUGCUAAAAAGGAGAAGAAAGUUUCCUGCAUGUUCAUUCCUGAUGGGCGGGUGUCUGUGUCUGCCCAGAUUGACAGAAAAGGAUUCUGUGAAGGUGAUGAAAUUUCCAUCCAUGCUGAUUUUGAGAAUACGUGUUCCCGCAUUGUGGUCCCCAAAGCUGCCAUCGUGGCCCGCCACACUUACCUUGCCAAUGGCCAGACCAAGGUGUUAACUCAGAAGUUGUCAUCAGUCAGAGGCAAUCAUAUUAUCUCAGGGACAUGUGCAUCGUGGCGUGGCAAGAGCCUUCGGGUGCAGAAGAUCAGGCCAUCCAUCUUGGGCUGCAACAUCCUUCGAGUUGAAUAUUCAUUACUGAUCUACGUGAGUGUUCCUGGUUCCAAGAAAGUCAUCCUUGACCUGCCCCUGGUAAUCGGCAGCAGAUCAGGACUGAGCAGCCGGACUUCUAGCAUGGCCAGCCGAACCAGCUCAGAGAUGAGUUGGGUAGAUCUGAAUCUCCCUGAAACCCCAGAAGCUCCUCCUUGUUACAUGGAUAUCAUUCCUGAAGAUCAUCGCUUGGAGAGCCCCACCACUCCUCUGCUAGAUGACAUGGAUGGCUCUCAAGACAGCCCUAUCUUCAUGUAUGCUCCUGAGUUUAAGUUCAUGCCACCACCUACUUACACUGAGGUGGAUCCUUGCAUCCUCAAUAACAACGUACAGUGAACACGUGGAAGAGAAGUAGCUAUACCUACUUUGGACCUCUUACUGGACACUCACUUUUUUAGAGACUCAACGUCUCUGCAGUGGGGUAUUAGGUCCACCCCAGCCUCUGAGUCCCUAACAUGGGAGGUGAUCAGCCGGCAAUCUUCUGGGCCUUAAAGGGUGUGGACUUACCCCUUGGUCAGCACCGAUGUUGUGAUAUAGGGAUUAGGGAUGUUUGCUGAAUGGGUUUUGAAACAUACACUAGGAAAAAAUCAAGCACAUCCCAUUUUCGCAGAUCUCUUGAAAAAUGAGGCAUUUUCAGUUGUUUUGAGUCAGAGCUGAAAUGGCUUUUUGGUAUGGUCUUUCCCAAGGGUAUUCAUCAUUUUAACAUCCAAUCUUGAACUUUUGUGCCAAGUGGAACAGAGCCAAUUUAGCAGAGUUAGAAAAAUUUAAAAGAUUGUGGUCAAAACUCUGGAAAAAGGUUCUUAAAAUCAGCGUUCCCUUUCGUACACUUAUAGAAACAAAAACUCUCCCAGGUUAAUUGGGUUUGGACUUUGAAGAGGAAGCUGCUCGAAGAUUCUUUGAUUAAAUACAGUGUGCUUUAACAUGGUUCAAAGCAGUAAUAACUGUGCCUCACCAAAGGUUUUAAAAGCCAUUUUUGGAACCUAUUGCACUGUGUUCUCCUGUUGCAAAUGUUUUCAUGUGGGAGAAUGUGUUUUUCUUUUCAUGUGACUCCUUGGAAUUGAUUCUAAGGUGAUUUUCUUAGCACUUUAGUUCCCGUCAAUUUUUUGGUCCCUCCCAACCCCAAAUGUAAGCUGAAACUGGUCUAUGUUGCUAGCCCAAUGACCAAAAAAAAAAAAAAAAAAAGUCUUAAGACUUUGUCACAGUGUGCAGAGUUAUGUAACUCUGACACUCUAAUAUGAAAAGGUUGCUGUUGUCAGCCUCCGUCCACUGUGAUUUCUCCAAAUCCAAAGAGAAUCUCUAGAACAAGAUAUCCCGGCACUGUGAUCAGGGCUUACAGACACUGCCAUGAGAAAUUGGGGGGGCAGGUCUUCACAAAAGCCCAUUCGAUGCCCUUCUUGCCCUGUGUUGGGGUUAUUGCAGCCACUAGCACUUGGUCAGUCACCUUCAGCUGUAGCACUUUGUUUGCUGUCCUGUGUCAGAGCACUGAGCUCCACCCUUUCCUGAGAGUUAACACAGCCAGAAAGUAUGUGGGCUUAAGAUGGUUUCUUUUUGUUGUUUUAUAAUUGUAUCUUUUUGUAUGAUCAAAGCUAUAUUUUGUACUUAACCAGAUAUAUUUUCAACCCAGAUGGGGGUAUUCUUUGUAAAAAAUAAAUAAAUAAAAAGUUUUUUAAUGGCAAAAA